AUGGGUGGUGGACAGGACUCCUGGAGAGUGAAAACUUUAGAAGAAAUUCUCCAAGAAAAGAAGAGAAGGAGAAAACAAGAGGAGAAAGCAGAGAUAGAAUGCUUAAAAUGUUCUGAUGACAGGGAUUCCAAGCAGGACUCUGGUGAACAAGGAGAGCAGAGACAUCCCCAAACGGAGAUCACAAUCAGAAACUCGCCCUACAGAAGAGAGGACUCGAUGGAAGACAGGGGAGAAGAAGAGUUUCUAGCCAUCCAUCCCUCACAGCAGAUGUCUCGGCAAGCAAAGGCCCAUCGCUGCAAAGAGAAGAGAAAAGAGAAGCACAGACAUGUCAGUCGCUCAGCGGAAGGGGGGCAGCAUACUCGAGUGAAAGGAGAAAGCAAGCACGGACCUCGGAAGCGACACCGAGAAGAGCAGGACCAAGACCACCGCGAAUGGGAAAGACAGAAAAGGAGGAAACUGGUAAGAGAACAUCCCGGGAGAGAGGGGGACCGCCUGCAGCAGGUCAAAGGGAAGCGAGGAUGGGAGCGCAGGAGGAGCAAGCACCAGAAGGAGACGCGGGGCCAGAAGGGACAGGGAUGGCGCCAGGAGCCUGAGGCCCGCAGGGAGGGCUUGGCACACCACUGGAGGACCAGGGAGGCCUACAGCGACAAGGGCAGGGCCACUCCCUGCAGUCGCAGCCCGGUGUGGCCACCCAGGGAGAGCUCUGCACUGGGAGCCAGACCGAAGCCAGUCAAAGGAGAGAAAACCGAGGCAAGAGAUCUGCUGUCUAACCGACAGGACAGUGUCAGUGACAAGGAGAGGAAAAACUGCUCUGCCAGGUCCUCAGUGGAAUCAGGCUCGGGCUCGGAAGAUCCACGGAGCCACUGGGAGGAGGCCUCAGAGCAGUCUGCAGACCUAGGAAAUGAGCAAGAAAUGAGUGAGGGUGAAGAGCCCGGCCACGAAGACCUCAUCUUGGCUGUUCCAGAGUCGCGAUCUGACGGAGAUUCCGGGGACAGUGAAGAGGAGGAAGAAGUGGGCGAGGGGACCCCGCAGAGCAGCAUGUCCACCGCAGGGGACCACCCUCCUGACUCCCCAGCCCUGUCGCCCACCGAGCCCAAGCAGGAACUGCCCAAAUACCUGCCAGCGCUGCAGGGCUGCCGCAGCGUGGAGGAGUUCCAGUGCCUGAACAGGAUUGAGGAAGGCACCUACGGGGUCGUGUACAGAGCCAGGGAAAAGAAGACAGAUGCCAUUGUGGCUCUAAAACGGUUGAAAAUCGAGGGGAGAGAAGGGUUCCCAAUCACAUCCCUGAGAGAAAUCAACAUCCUCCUCAAGGCCCAGCACCCCAACAUUGUCACCAUCCGGGAGAUCGUGGUGGGCAGCCACAUGGACCAGAUCUACAUAGUGAUGAACUACGUGGAGCAUGACCUCAAGAGCCUCAUGCAGACCAUGCAGCAGCCCUUUCUGCCAGGGGAAGUGAAGACGCUGAUGCUUCAGCUGCUGCAGGGGGUGAAUCACCUGCAUGACAACUGGAUUCUGCACCGGGACCUCAAGACCUCCAACCUGCUGCUGAGCCAUGAAGGCAUCCUCAAGAUCGCUGACUUUGGGAUGGCUCGAGAGUACGGGAUGCCCCUGAAGGCCUACACCCCCGUGGUGGUGACCCUGUGGUACCGAGCCCCCGAGUUGCUGCUUGGCGCCAAGGAGUACUCUACACCUGUGGACAUGUGGUCAGUGGGCUGCAUCUUCGCAGAGCUGCUGACACAUAAGCCCCUGUUUCCCGGGAAGUCGGAGAUGGAUCAGAUCCACAAGAUAUUCAAGGAUCUGGGGACUCCAAGUGAGAAAAUCUGGCCUGGCUACAAUGAGCUCCCGGCAGUCAAGAAGAUGACCUUCAGCCAACAACCCUACAACCACCUCCGGAAGCGCUUCGGGACUCUGCUCUCAGACCAAGGCUUUGAUCUCAUGAACAGGUUCCUGACCUAUUUCCCUGGGAGACGGAUGACUGCAGAAGAUGGCCUCAAGCACGAGUAUUUUCGUGAGAACCCCCUCCCUGUCCACCCUUCCAUGUUCCCCACCUGGCCUGCCAAGAGUGAGCAGCAGCAGCAGCAGAGGGUGAAGUGUGGCACUAGCCCCCAGCCCCCCAGCGGUGGUCUAGGCUUCAACAGGCUGGGUGAGAAGGAGGAGGUGAUGGAGACAGGCUUCCACCUCACCACCACCAACCAGGGGGCCUCAGCCGUGGGGCCAGGCUUCAGCCUCAAGUUCUGAAGCUGCCUGACUGGG